GCACCUUUUUCUGGAAUCUUAUCCAGAGCCAAAUCAAUACCUUGCUCUUCACGUUCACCCUUCCUCGGCCCAGCCUGACCUGAUUCGCACCUCGAGGCUGCGACCUCUCUGUACUAACUUCCAGCACCAUGGCCGACGACGACAACUUCGAUAUCGACAUCUACGGCGACGAGUCCGGGCCCUCCUUCCAGAAUGCCACUGUAUCGCAACCGCCCAAACAAUCCGACCCCGCUGCCAACGAAGAUUCGCUCGAGCCCGCCAUGGAAACAAACGAGAAGCCGACAGACGCUGACGCAGCAGACAAACGCGAUAGCUCCGUGACGGGAGCAAACGGCGCUAUACAACACGACAAUGGUACGCAGCAGAUUUCAAGUACCGGCGCGUCAGCGAACAACCAGACUUUCCUGAAGCAGGCUCCUCAGCAGCAGGGCGUGAAGCGUAAACAAGGUGAGGACGACGACCGGCCGAUGGAUCCAGGCGCGACUGCUGCGCUUAUGAUCAAUGACCUCAACUGGUGGAUCAGCGAGGAGGACAUCCGCGGCUGGGCCAACCAAGGCGGCUGUGAAGACGAGCUCAAUGAGGUUACCUUCAACGAGCACAAGGUGAAUGGUAAAAGCAAAGGCCAAGUUUACGUCCAAUUACAGAGCCCCCAAGCUGCCACAGCUCUCAAACACCAGAUAGAAGCCUUAUACAAGGAUCAGACCCACACCAAAAAGCCCACAGCCAUCUUCAACCCGCCCCACGUCAACCCUUUCAAGACUCUCCCGAAAGACGUACCCCAGCGCGACAAAAACCGUGGUGACCGGUCAUCUUCUGGCAACUUUGGCAACCAAGGUGGACAGGGAAGCAAUUUCAAUCGUUUCAACAACCAAAGAGGCAACUUCAGCAAUCGUGGUGGGAACAGUAUGGGCUUCCAAAGGGGUGGCUUCAAUGGUCCAGCUGGUAACAUGGGCGGUAACAUGGGCGGCUUCGGUGGACCUGGUCCCAUGAACAACUUCGGUGGUGGCCCAAUGGGCGGAAUUAACAACUUCGGCGGAGGUAACUUUAACCGCGGCGGCAUGAUGGGUGGUGGUAUGCGCGGCGGUAUGAACAAUCGCGGCCGUGGUGGUAUGGGUAUGAACAACAUGGGCGGUAUGAACAUGCCUAUGGGAAACAACAUGAUGGGCAUGGCUGGCGGAAUGGGUAUGAUGGGCGGCAACAUGGGGGGUAUGAUGGGUGGAGGCAUGGGUGCUGGCCCUGGCGGCUUCGGCGGCAAUCAAAACUUCAAUCCGGGUUUCUUCCAACAGGGUCAAGGUGCUGGAGACGGCAACUGGAAUCCGCAUGGCGCUAAGAGACCUCGUCCGGAAUAAGAAUUUCGACCAGUUAGACAGACGUGCGCAUGUCUGCACCAAAGAGACUUUAACAAGUCCACAAGGAUCUCACCUACCACCCCUCUGCGCUGCCCUUCCCACCCCACGGUGGUAGAUGCAGCCUUGUCUUGCCUCAUGUAGGACCAACUUCGAAACUCACACAUAAUCUGGGAAAUUACAGGCGCAAAC